AUGAAGAUCUACUGUAUUUCUGUUCUAAGGAACAGUAGCGCGAAAACACUGGAAUUAUGCAGUGCAAAGGACUUGUCACAGUUCGGCUUCUUUGAAAGGAAGGGAAUCUCCCAAUUCAUGACGUUCUUCAGUGAAACGGUUGCUGGCAGAACUCCCGCAGGCCAAAGGCAGAGUAUUGAGGAGGGGAAUUAUGUUGGCCACGUAUACAGCAGAGCAGAGGGCAUUUGUGGCGUUAUGAUCACAGAUAAAGAGUAUCCGGUCAGACCAGCCUACACAUUGUUGAAUAAGGUCUUGGACGAGUACCUUGUAGCGCAUCCACCUUUGGAGUGGAAGGAAAUUGAUCAAACCGGUGAGAAUUUGAAAUUACCUGAGUUGGAAAUAUACUUGCAAAAAUACCAGGAUCCUAGUCAAGCGGACUCAAUAAUGCGUGUGCAGCAGGAACUUGACGAAACCAAGAUUGUGCUUCACAAGACAAUCGAGUCUGUGCUACAAAGGGGGGAGAAGUUGGACAAUUUGGUUGAUAAAUCCGAGUCGCUCUCUGCGUCUUCCAGGAUGUUUUAUAAACAGGCUAAAAAGACCAAUUCGUGCUGUAUUAUAAUGUGA